ACAACCAAUUAAGCAAGACCUGUCUUUACUUCUACCAUUUUUCCACUUCCAGCUUUGUAGCUUUCUGGCAAUAAUGGACUGUCUUCAGAAUCCAAACCCUAGCUCUGCCGGCCCUUAUCACUUCGGAGAGAGCAUCGAUCCUUCCAUCGAUUUUGAUGAGUUUUCAGACUGUUUCAUGCUUGAUUAUGGUGUUGAUGAUCAUCAAGAUUCUUCGUCUUUAAGUACCGUGUCGCCGGAGAAGUUCAUGGCUGACUGCUUUACUGGAUCCAGUGGUGGUGCAACAUCAAGAAAUAGCAACAAUAAUAUGAAAUGCAGAAAUGAGGGGAGGAGAAACAAGACAGAAAUGGGUCAUAGUAGGGUUGCUUUCAGAACUAAAUCGGAGCUGGAGGUUAUGGAUGAUGGAUUCAAGUGGAGGAAGUACGGAAAGAAGUCAGUCAAGAACAGCCCAUAUCCAAGAAAUUACUACAAAUGUUCAAGUGGAGGGUGCAAUGUAAAGAAGAGGGUGGAGAGGGACCGAGAAGACUCGAGCUAUGUGAUAACCACAUAUGAUGGAGUGCACAAUCAUGAGAGCCCUUGUGUGGUAUAUUACAAUCAGAUGCCUCCUCCUGUGGAUCCCAACAACAUCUGGACUUUGCGAGCUUCUUCACAGUCUUCUGCUUCUUCAUAGUUUGCUCCUUUAUUAAUUAUAUGCUAUAUAUAUAUAUAUAAUAUAUACAUAUGUAAUCUCACCAAAAUGGGGCUCGAAAAUUAUUUAGAACAUUGUACAUGAUUUAUAUGAUUGUUGUUGUUGAAGAGAAUGAGAUACGCUGGCUGGAAGAGAAGUGGGAUACACUCAUGUUAUAAGAGUAAA